AUGGCACCUUCAUACCCCCGGACGAGAGACACGAACGGUUUCCGCCAGCAGUAUCGGGUGCUUCAGCAGCUCGGAAAAGGUCAUUUUGCAACCGUUUACUUAUGCGUAGAACGGGCGACUGGCACUCAAUAUGCCGUUAAAGUGUUUGAGAGGCGUCCUGGAGAUUCUCAGAAGUCUCAAAACGAGUCCUUGCAGCAAGAAAUUGGUCUCUUAAUGGGGGUCAAUCACCCGAAUCUUCUGUGCUUAAAGGAUACCUUCGACGAAGCUGAUGGCGUUUAUCUCGUUCUCGAGCUUGCACCUGAGGGCGAGCUCUUUAAUCUGAUUGUCAGCAGACAGAAGUUUUCCGAAGAAGAAACCCGCCACAUCUUUGUUCAGCUCUUUGAGGGUCUGAAAUACCUGCAUGAUCGUGGCAUAGUUCAUCGAGAUAUUAAACCCGAGAAUAUACUUGUGGCAGACAAGAAGCUGACUGUGAAACUUGGUGACUUUGGCCUUGCCAAGAUCAUCGGCGAAGAUUCAUUCACCACAACCCUGUAUGUGCUGCCUCUCUUUCUUCAGAUCGCUUUUUUCCUUUUGCCUUGGCUGAUCCUUUUAUUCACAGAUGUGGGACACCAAGUUGAGUCCCGUCGUCGAAGAUACACCAAGGCUGUGGACAUCUGGUCACUGGGAGUCGUUCUAUACAUAUGCCUUUGCGGGUUUCCGCCUUUCUCAGAUGAGCUUUACACGCGUGAAAACCCCUUCACAUUGGCACAGCAGAUCAAAAUGGGCCGAUUUGAUUAUCCAUCACCGUAUUGGGAUUCUGUGGGCGACCCAGCUUUGGACCUGAUAGACAGGAUGCUUACAGUUGAUGUUGAAAAGAGAAUCACGGUGGAUGAAUGUCUGCAACAUCCUUGGCUUACCGGGAAACACAUGAGCGUUUUCGACAGCACAGAGGGGCUGACGGGUGCGCUGGGUAAACUCGACUUCUCAAAACGCAAAGUCGAGCGUGAGCGGACAUUGCUCAGCAGUAUCAAUGAUGCUCAUUUCAGCGAACACAACGAAGGACCUGGUGCUCCUGUGAAGGUCUUCCACAGGAAUAAUGCCGGCAAGCGCAUGCACAACCAGCCAGCGCAUACUAUCCAGCAAAGUGUGGCCCCGCCAGAUGAGAAUUGCGCUCCCAAAGACUUUGUCAAUCUUGGAGAGCGCGGUGACCCGGUGUUGUUUGAGGAAGACCAAACAAGUCAUUAUAAGUGA